CACACAUGGCGCCGGCCCAGGUGAAGGCGGGCGCUGGUCGGCGGACGGGACGUUUGCUGCCCUUUUUAAACGGUCAAGCACCAAAAGACAACAUCGGGCCACGGAACAGUUGUAGGAUUUCCCCAGUUUGGACUUCACCAUAAACAAAUCCCGUUAUCAUCUGUCACUUCAGCAAGGAGGGCAGGAACCUGUGGGGUGACGGUGUGACAUGCUUCUGGGCGCCCAGACCUUGGCCGGCAAGUACUGCCUGAGGUUCAGCGUGUGCUCCCGGAGGAUCUCCACAGCGUUGUACAGGUUUAGUGGCGAGGAUUAUUACACCGUCCUUGGCAUCCAGCCCGACGCAACUCUUAAGCAGAUCAAGCAGGCCUUCCUUGACCAGUCAAAGAAGGUAGGCAAGCUCCAUCCUGACAUCGAUGUGUCCAACCCAGAGCUGCACAGCCGGUUUGUACGCCUGAACGAGGCCUACAGUGUGCUGAGCAAGCCCAGCAGCCGCCGGGAAUAUGACAGGAGGCUGAGACUCCAACGCCAUGGUCCCCCUGGAGGAGCACCUGGCAACCCUGUGGGGAGCGGCGGUAACCACGGCGACCCCUUCUUCUACAAUAGCGUGAACGCAGCACCGCGCUAUGGGUACAACAUGUCUGAGCAGCAAAAGUACUGGGAGCAGUUCCGGUAUGCCACACCAGAAGACUAUAAAGAGUUUCACAACGACAAGAAGCGGAAAAGAAACAUGAAGGUUUUUGGCUACUGUGUCUUCAUUAUGUUGGCCGGAGUAUUCAUCCACUAUGUUGGUUUCAGGAAACUGGAAGAAUUCCACAAGAAUUUCAUGGCCAACAAGGACCGAGCCAUAACGGAAAUCUAUAACGAAUCCAAGGAGCGAGCAAGGCUGAAUGGCUUCAAGAAACAGCAGGAGAUCCUGCGGCAGAAACACGCGGCGUUCAUGGAGAAAUACAGGCUGAAGACACGAGGGGGCAGCGAUGAGUGAGAGGUCGAUGCUCCCCCCCACCAACCCUAACCCUACCCCACACCAGCUGGGGGGAGCAGGCACCGACACCCUCAUCCUCGGGCCUUGGGAAGCACUGUAUUGGCACUGCCCUGUCCACCUCCCAACCCGUAGAGCUGACUGCUAAAAACAUGAGAGAACAUAGCCUGCCGUUUUGUGUGCAUUGACUCCCAGGGGCCAGACUGGGGGUGAUGGCAAUGAUGAACAGAGGAGAGAACUCUCAACGCAGACCGCACUCAGACCACUGCGGCCUCCUUAGGACUUUGUAACGUGUGUUGUUUGUUGCGGCUCAGGACGCCCUCCUCCCAGUCAUCAUUAAAACCCAGUUCAGAGUGCGCAUUGGGAUCAGAAUCACAUACCUCGUGCUCCCUUUCCCAAUAAGAUCCGCUUUUGAUCCGCACUGAGUCGGGGCAGUGGGGAUCGAAGUGGCAGUCCCAGGAAAACAGACCCUGGUCCUCAAAGUCUGUGGGGAGGGUGGCUCAAUGAUUUCAGAUCGAGACGACAGGCCCUCGCCAUACACCUCUCCCCCCCACCUCUGUCCCCACGCUCGUUCACCACCCCCCCACCCUGGUCCGUUCCAUACCAGCAAACCCAUUGGCACGAGGUGCCAAUGCCAACGAAUUCCAGCACUUCCUUAUUUUACUGGCAUGGUCCUCUGCGGAAAUACGCACCCAUGGACUCACCUGCCUUGUCCGGACGUCGAGUCUCCAAGACUGUGUUUUGCAUAUGGAAAUAAAUAUCAUCAGGAUGUAA